AUGGAGACAGCCAUGAAGUCGUGGGAGCUCGACAACAACGUCCGCCUCAUCGACCCCAAACGCGAUGCCCUCUACAACUACGACCCGGCCGCCCAAAAGGCCGCCGCCGCCGCCCGCCCGUGGGCCAAGGACCCCAACUACUUCAAGAGCGUCCGCAUCAGCGCCGUCGCCCUCAUCAAGAUGACCAUGCACGCCCGCUCCGGCGGCGAUCUCGAGGUCAUGGGCCUGAUGCAGGGCUACACCGACGACGACACUUUUGUCGUCACAGACGCCUUUCGCCUGCCCGUCGAGGGCACUGAGACGCGUGUCAAUGCCCAGGACGACGCCAACGAGUACCUCGUCGAAUACCUAGACCUGUGCCGGGCGCAGGGUAGGCAGGAAAACGUCGUCGGCUGGUACCACAGCCACCCGGGCUACGGCUGUUGGCUCAGCGGCAUCGACGUCGACACCCAGGCCGUCCAGCAGCAGUUCCAGGACCCCUUCCUCGCCGUCGUCAUCGACCCGGACCGCACCAUCAGCGCAGGCAAGGUCGAAAUUGGGGCCUUCCGCACCUACCCGAGCACCUACGAGCCCGAUGCGUCCAAGGCGGCGGCGUCGUCGUCGGACGGCGGGCAGGCCGUGCCGCUGGCCAAGGCGGCCGAAUUUGGGGCGCAUGCGAGCCGAUACUACAGCCUCGACGUGUCGCACUUCAAGAGCACCCUCGACUCGCACCUCCUCGAGCUGCUGUGGCACAAGUACUGGGUGCAGACGCUGAGCCAGAGCCCACUCCUGACGAACCGCGAUUUUGGCAGCAAGCAGGUGCUGGACCUGAGCUCCAAGAUCAAAGAGGCAACGGCGACCCUCUUUCGUAAUCGCGCGCAGCAGAAUCCGCUCCUCAACGCUCUCGGCAGCUGUGGCGGGGGGAAGGGAGCCGAAAGGGCCGUUGAGAAAUUGGCUGGGGACAGCAAUCUAAUUGCCACCAAGGAGCGGUCGGGACUCAUGGCCAGCGAGAUCAAGGCCAAGCUGUUUAAUGGCUUGGGCACUUGA